AUGAAAAAACUAUCGAGUGUACAUGCAGUGACCUUGUUGUGUGUUGUUAUAUUAUUGUUCGUACUUCAUCGAAUCUAUCAAUCGUGUGCAAAAUUAGAUUCUUCUUUGGCUAAUAACGAUUGCGAACAAUCACUUCUUGAAAGUGAUGGUUUUAUUUGUGAAUCCAAAGCCGUAUGGAAUGAACGUAAACAGAUCCAUCAUGCUCAAGAUGAUUUGAAUGCCGUACGACAUCCCGAUCCGGUGUUCUUUUCAACGAAUUGGGAAUCGACCUUUCACUGUUCGAGUACGCGACGUAUAGGUACACGAGGCGAUGGUGGCAAAUGGGUGUGCGAUUCAUAUCGAUUAAAAUCCCAAGCAAAUUGUCUCAUUUAUAGUGUUGGCUCCAAUGGGGAUUUCUCAUUCGAAACAGAAAUUAAAAAACUCAUACCCCACUGUGAAGUUCAUGCAUUCGAUAAAAAUGUGUAUUCGUGUCCGACGAACGUAUGCACGUUUCAUGCGAUCACUUUCGGCGAUGGUGUUGUACCUAACAAUUCACAAAGUUGGCCUAGUAUUGUUCAAGAACUGAAUCAUACAGCUAAAACGAUUGACAUACUUAAGAUUGAUAUUGAAGGAGCGGAAUAUUCGUUUUUUCCUCAUUUAUUUCAAUCUGAUAAAAGAACUUUCCCACGACAAAUUCUCGUCGAAGUUCAUCCAACAAAUAUUACUAUUAUUCAAGGCUUCUUCGAUCUUCUACGACGAAACAAUUAUGUCAUCGCGAUCAAAGAGAAUAACCUUCACGCUGGACCAUACUUUUUUGAGUAUGCAUUUCUCAAAAUGAAUCCACUCUUUUUCCGCUGA